AAGGAUCGAGCUAAUGUUGGUCGCAGCUUCUUUGCUGUUCUUAUUGCCUGCAGUUUUAGCUGGGAACGCACCAGGGGAAUGGAGUUGUGCUCCGCUUACUACAAUAACAUCGUCUGUUGAGGGAUGUGUGACGUCAAGCUCUUAUGCAAACGGAGUAUGGAGCAUUGGAACUUCAAACUCCAAGUCUGGAGCAGGGGCUAACAAGUUUUGUGUUAUCUCGCUUUCUGGGGAGGGACUUCACACCAGCAAAGACUUUUACGUCAAGGCCCGUUUCUCUAACAGCGAUUCAAGUGCCAGAGCUGGACCUUUCGGAGGUAUUACCUUUAAUAUGGAGGACGAUAACAAUGGCAACUACGUAAUGAUGAGAUUGAAGGUGCCAGUAAUGGCUAAUGUUCAGAUGGGUAAAAUAGUUAACGGUAAUGGACAAAAUCUCGCUCAAAGCAAAGUCAAGAAUAACGCUGUCGCUUCUGGAGCUGCGACUCUAGAGAUCCUGGUUCAAGGUGAGGAGGAGUCAGUUUGGAUAGACGGUGUUCUAGAAGAGUCUAUCUCCUCUCAGCAGCCCUUCUUUGUAGCACCUGGUCAUGUUGGAUUCGGCUUCCAAUCCGUAACCAGUUGGCCUACUAUCAAGGUAGAAGGAGCUGAGGUUUGUACACCUAUAAGCUGUACUGCUGAAGAUGGAACAAUAUACUCUGGAGGAGACCAGUGGCCAGGAGAAGAUGGAAAGACUUGUACUUGCUCUGAGGCUGGUAUCAACUGUGCGUGUGGUGACGACACUCUGGUUUGUCCGGGAGGCACUGAGAAGUGGACAGAUCCUGAGGAGUGCGAGUCCAAGUGUAUCAAAUCACCAGCUUAUUGUUCAAGCUCCGGAGAUCCUCACUACAGGUCGUUUGACGGAAAAUACUAUGAUUUUCAUGGAGUAUGUACAUACCAGGCAGCUAGCUGUGGGGACUUCGUUGUAAAUUUCAAGAAUGUUGAUCUUCAUAAUCGAGCCCCAAGAUACACAGGACGGAUUGAACUGAUUUUCAAGGGAUCCAAAUUUUCUAUCGAGAGAGGUUUGGUGUCAAAAGUCGAUGACGUAAAUGUCCAAAUUCCCUACAUCAAACACUACAACAAUGGAGACAGGGUUGAAAUCAUCAAUAAUGGUCAACUUGAAAUCAGGCUGUACAACAAGGGCAGAAACCCAUCCGUGCGUCUGCGUGCUACCAACGGGGGUUCUUAUAUCAACGCUGAAAUGUGGCUCCACGGGUCUUGUGCUGACAUAACGAAGGGUAUGUGUGGGAACUGGAAUGGGAACCCUAACGAUGAUCUAACGGGAGGAAGUGCAAACAGCUUGGGAAUAAUGCACCAAGAGUACGAUGAGAACUGUCCUGCUCCCCCUCUCCCACCAGAUGUUUGCAGAGACGUCGGAAACCUGCACGACGAAGCUGAGGCUAUCUGCUCUGCUCUCUUGAAUGACCCAUUCAAACAAUGUAACGGUGCAUCCCCUAUUGGAGACAGAAACGGUGGUCCCAUGAAGGACUGUAUGAUGGACGUCUGUAACUGCUAUUUAGAUGAAGCGUGUGCCUGUGCUCAAUUUGAUGUGUAUGCUACACAAUGUCAGAAUAACGGCUUUAAUGUCGCAAACUGGAGAAAACAUAUUUCCUUCUGUCCGUACGAAUGUCCUGAACCAACAGUGUACCUAUCUGACGGAGCCACCCCAGUACCAACUUGUCUCAACAAGGAGCCAGAGAAGACCGGGACUGUUAGAGGGUGUUUCUGUCCAGCAGGAAAGUUCCUACAGGAUGGAGUUUGUGUAGAUGCUAGCGGGUGCAAGUGUCUCUACGAGGGACAGUUUUAUGAUAACGGAGCAGUUAUAGAAGAGGAAGCAGAGUGUCAGACAUGUACUUGUCAAGAUGCAGGGGAGAUGACGUGUCAAGACAAGGCGUGUCCAACUCUUAACUGUGAGGAAGACCAGCUAGAGGCAAGGAAGGAUGAUGAAUGCUGUCCCUACUGUCUUGAUAACUGGGUCGUGGCAGAGAACCCCGACAACCAGAUCAAGAAAGGACAGUCUCUAGUUCUGACAUGUGAAGUACUUGUAGAGGGGGUCAGCAAGAAGGACAUUGUUUGGUUUAAGGACGGUAAAAAGAUAACUAAGGGAAUCUCCAGAAACAAGAAGAUGCUGACUGUAUCUGACGCUGAUGCUGAUGAUGAUGGAACCUACACUUGCCAGGCCACCAAGGAUGGAGUCACUGCUAGUGACGACUUUGAAGUAGAUGUGGUAAUGCCUGCAGUUUGUGAGCAUGAGGAUGGUACGAGCUUUGAAGAAGGUACCAUUUAUAACCCUCAGGAGACAGAAGAGUGCACGUGUGAUGCACAAGGAGUACAUCACUGUGCCUGUAUUGAUGACGGGGAAGAGUGCGAAGAUCCCACCCCUGUGGUCUGGUUUAACACCAACUGUGUCAAGACCUGUGUUCCUGAGCAAGGCCACUGUGCCGCUGCUGCUGAUCCAUUCUACUCAACGUUCGAUGGCUCUAAAUUUGCUUUCAAGGGUGACUGCAAGUACAACUUCUUCGGCUGUGGUGAUGUGAUGAUGUAUGCUGACCACGAAAAAGACAGGGCUAGUACUAGCACAAAAUACAUUGAGAUUGCUUUCAAAUCGGACGUAUUUAAGCUGGAAGGCAACACCGUGACCCUGAAUGGUGAUGUUGUUGCUGUUCCCAUGCACAAGUCUUACAAAGACGGUUCUCAGAUUCGACUAGAAGACAAAGGCACAUACACGAUGACGAUUACACAGGACGGAAAAGAUCCUUUGGUGUACCUGCAGUGGGACAAGGUCUCCAGUUACUCCAUUGACAUUCACGGCUCCUGCAAGGGCUUCUCAACUGGCAUGUGUGGUAAAUGGGACGACGAUAAAACAAACGAUCUGACUGGACCUGAGGGAGACGUACUUGACAGUGUUGAAGAUUUCGGGACAGCGUGGGCUCAAGAUGACGAAGCAGACUGCCCUAUACCUGAGCCUCCUCCAGACAUGUGUGAUCUCAUGGGUUUGACAGCUGAGAAGCCAGGUUAUGAGAAACAUAUAGCUAACAUUCUUAAGAAAAGUCCCUUCUCAAAGUGUGCAGAUAUUGUGGACCAAGAACCUUUCGUAACAGAGGCAGUACAACAGAUCUGUUUGUGUGUGGAUCUUUCCUGUUCAUGCCCCAUUCUCGACCAGUUGGCUGGAGAGUGUAAAGCUAAGGGAAUCAAUACUGACGGAUGGCAACUCAACUUCCCUGAUAGCAAGUGCGCUCCUGAGUGUCCAGAAGGAUCCGUAUUCAGACAGAGGGGACCUAAACCAGCACCAUCCUGCCAAAAACCUAAAGGUGGUAAAAAGUCUCAGUCUGGAUGUUUCUGUCCCGAGGGACAGAUGAUGGAGGAAGGAAAAUGUGUUGGCCUAGAUAACUGCAAGUGCGAAUAUGCUGGCCAGCUCUACGAUGUUGGAGACAAGUACGAGAAGGGAGCAGAAUGUCUGGAAUGCAAGUGUGUGGGUAAGGGGCAGGAAGAGUGUGAAGACAAGAAAUGUAAUGUUAAAUGUGAUGAUGAUGAGAUUGAGGUUCAGAAUGAAGGAGAAUGUUGUCCCAUAUGUCUUGCUGACUGGGUGGAGGCAGUUAAUCCUAAGCCUGAUGCUGUCGUCAAAGAACCCUUAGCUCUGACUUGUAGAGUGAACGGUGUGGAAGUGACCAAGGACAAUGUUAAGUGGUUCAGGUUUAACCCAGGUAUGGGGGAUCUUUCCAAUGCAAAAAGGACGUAUUCCAUUUCUGACGACGGUUUGACAUUGACCAUUAAGAAAAUGGAUGCUAAGAAAGAGGGAAACUUCAAAUGUGUUGUGGAUUUGGAUGGAAAGACAUCUGAAGGCAUAUUCGAGGUUGCUCUGCCGCUCGAAGAAAAAGACCUAGUCGAGGCUUUGAAAGACACAGUCGAUUUUGUUGAGGGAGGAAUAGUGCAACUUCAGUGCAACAAACUGGAGGUUAUCACGGAACUUUGGUGGACUUGCAACGGAAAGAGAAUGGAAGCUGGGAAGGAAAACGUCAUCAUUAGAAAUAAAAAGGCGUACAGCCAACUGAUACUGAAGCCAGCUAAACUGUCUGACAAAGGAACGUGUACAUGUCACGCCAAAGGGCAGGGUACGGAGGAUUCUGUAGAUAUUGAAGUAGGAGGAGUUGAGAACGAAGUUACCAUCACGUCUCAAGUGGAUGACCUUACAUGCAAACAGGGAGAGAAGAAGCCUUGUAAUCUGGAGUGGAGUAUCGACACUAAAAUUGGGACGGUCAAACCAAGAGACGUGCAGAUCUGUCUGUACAAGAAUGAAAAAAAGACAAACUGCAAGGUUAGCAGGCUCAAAAAGGACAUCUACAGCCGCAGCUUUGGAUAUCAACGAAAGCCUCAAUCGAGUGGCCCAUACAUAGCUGUGGUCACAGUGAAAGGUAAAGAGUAUAUUUCGGACCCUAUCACCUUGACUGUAACGCCCAAAGGCAAGAAGGGAGAAUAGAAGACUUUGCUAAAGAGCUAAAGGCUAGGGAGAAUGGAGAUUGGUUGUGUGACUUUUUCAGUCAUUCGGAAAAAUUUAUUAGUUAUACUUACUUGAGAUAAAAAACAAUUUUAGAUAUUGAAAAAUUUGUAUCCUUGAGCUGAAUUUCUUUCAAAACGUCUCGCAAUUCGUACUUUUGCUUUUUACUUUCAUAGUUAAUGUUGACAUGAAUUCUGCAGUCUGCUAUUAUGGUGAUCGACAAGAAUAUUUAUUAAAUGAUAGUGGGUCUAUAACCUGUUUCCGUACAUUUGAGUAAAAAAUUUCUGAAAUGUUGAGCUUGAA